AUGUAAGAUUUCAAUAAGAUUCUGAUCAUUAUUCAGUAUCAUAUUGUCUUGGAUGUUGGACUGACCUUUACCAAAUGUGGAUUUUCAAAAGAUCCGAUGCCCAUGCAUAUUGUUCCCACCCCUUUGACAAUGAUUCAGUAUCUUAGAGAUCAUGCCUCAUCAGUAAGUCUUAUUUUUUCAUCAUCAUUCUUUUUAAACUAGCUGGCAUGCUCAACAUUUGCUGAUGCUUUUGAAAAGCAUAAUAAGCUAAUGAUGGAACUUGAAGAAUUCCUAACAACAGUGUUUUAUCACUUAUUACAAACUAAUCCCAGAGAAAAAGCAAUAAUGAUGUGUGAGAGUAUGAUGGCACCUAGAGGAUUUAUAGAAUGCAUCGGACAUGUAUUAUUCAGGAACUUCGGAGUUAAGUCUAUCUAUUUUCUUCUAUCAAACAUGACUCCUUUAUAUGUGACUGGGUAGGACUCUGGCAUAAUAGUUGAAUGUGGUUUCCAAAAUGUCUAGAUUCUACCAAUAGUAAGGAGCAGAAUGUGCAUGGAGGCCUUUGAGACUUGCUACAGAGGUGGAAUACACAUUGAAAAGAACUUGAAUGAAUUACUGAUUCAGGAUAACAAAGAACUGGUUAGGCGCUUGCCAUAGUUCAAAGAUAACACAAACUUCCCUCAAUCUGUUAUAGAAGAUCUCAAGAUUAGGUCAUUAGUAGUGAUGCAAAAGGAGUAAAGAGAUUAGUAUUUGAAAAAUGAUGAUUAAAUCGAAUAAAUGAAGAGGAAAUAUACAAAUCUCGGCAAGACUUAUAAAGAGUUCCCGGGCAUGCUGAUAUCAUUUUACACUAGAUAUUGUGCUAUGGAGUUUUGCUUCGGUGAUCCACAAGAAGAGGAGUAAAAUAUAGCCUACUCCUUGCUAACUUCAAUCAAAAAGGUAAAAUCACUCAAUUCUUAUUAAUCAUUAAAUUAGUUGAACUGUGAAAAUAGGGGUCGAGCUGUUUAGAAUAUCAUUUUAUCAGGGGGUUCUUGUAUGAUACCAGGUUUCAAAACAAGACUCAUUUAAGAAAUCAACCAUAUGAUAGAGAAUAGAAGUGAGUUUGAGUAGCUUAAGGAGAUAUAAUAAUAGAUUAGCAUACCAGAAAACUGUUUCCCACCUAAUUGCCUAGUCUGGGUUGGAGCAUCUCUGCUUAGUUCUCUAAACAAUGAGAUAGAUAGAUUCUUGAUUACAAGUGAAGAGUAUAAUGAAAAAAAGGAGUAGAUACCAGAUAGAUAUGGAGAGGCAUUCUUAUUUGGAACAAGAUUUGAAAACUGCUUUAAUAGAGAUUUUGAGGAGAAUCUAAAAAUGCAGAAACAGAUUUUAUAUAGCAAUACUACUCCUUACUCGGCAAGAUCUCUCGCCUCAAGAAGAGAACCAAUCAAUGAAAUGAUAAAGAAAAGCAUGCAAAAAAUGGAUAUGUGA